GUUAGCAUGCCGUUAGACUUCGCUAUACUGCAAGUCGCGACUUACGGAUCAAACUCCUUGUCGUGGUAGUCAACCCAUCUUGUCCGGACUACAAUGAGCCAUCAGGGGCUGCUUCUACACACCCUCCAUUGCAUACUCACGUGGUAGCUCCUCCUCGUUGUUCUCGUAGUACUUAUUGCCGUACAAAUCCGUGCCGAUUAGGGCGCCUCGUUUGGUGUCGCCUAGAGCUCUUUAGCCUCUCAAUUUCUUCACCUCGUGCAGAGUCCCUCUACACACCCAUAUACUAUCCGCAACGCAUUACAAUCAGCCGAAUAGCUCUGCCUCGGGAUUCAUUGUUCCUGCUCGUACCUGCAUUUGAUGGGCAUAUUCCUACCCGUUGUUAGCCUAGGCUUGAAGCAUUUCUCGACGCAGCUUACCUUGAGACCGAUGCUCCGCAAGUUGCGGAGCGUACGUAGAAUUGUCGACAUGGUUCUUAAACAGUUUGCUGGAGUAUGGAAUCCGAAGUCAAUGUGCUUGACUUGGGACCAUUCGAGCAUGGUAGUACCACAACUGCGCCAGGGCCAGCACAGUCUCCAGCGUCGCCACUGGCGAGCAUCACGAGCGAGCUCGACAAGCUGACCCCUCGGUUCGAUGUGUCAGCGGACGAUAUCGAGAUCAUCCGCUCUCCAACCGAGUUUUAUGAGACGCUCAAGGCGAAAAUCGCUACGGCCCAGCGGAGGAUCUUUCUGUCCACGCUGUACGUUGGCAAGGCAGAAGAUGAGCUUAUCGAUACCAUACGCUCCGCUUUGAAGGCCAACGCACAACUCCAAGUCUCAAUAUUGACGGACUACUUGCGAGGUACCCGCGAGGCACCCGAUCCGUCAUGCGCCAGCUUACUUGCUUCACUCGUCCGCGACUUCGGAGCCGAGCGCGUCGACGUGCGUCUGUACCACACACCCAAUCUGACCGGUGUGCGGAAGGCAGUGCUGCCCAAACGCAUCAACGAAGGUUGGGGUUUGCAGCACAUGAAGCUGUACGGCGUCGAUGACGAGAUCAUCAUGUCUGGUGCCAAUCUCUCGAAUGACUACUUCACAAACAGGCAGGACAGGUACCAUGUGUUCAAGGCUGCGCGGGUGACCGACUUUUUCUACAAUGUCUACCGUGCGGUCGCGGAUAUGAGCUACCGCGUCCUACCGUCUGACCUGGAAGCCAGUGGGUUUGUGAUCGAAUGGCCGAGCAAGAACGUUGGCCCUGCACCGCUCGAGGAUCCGAAGGGCUACAUUGCGUCUGCAACCAAGCUGCUGGCGCCGUUCACCAAGCCUUCACCGCGCUUGUCAACCAUGGAGAAAGCAAGCGACACCCAUGUCUAUCCGCUGCUACAGCUUACACCAUUGCUGAAACCAGACACCUCGACCGAGCUUCCAGCUCUAACUGGCAUCUUGCGGAAGCUCGGCACGCCUGAACUGGCAGGCUCCCGGUGGACCUUCACAGCCGGCUAUUUCAACAUGACACCCGACGUGCGUCAGCUACUACUCGAGUCUCAGCCUUCAUCUGCCACCGUCGUGGCUGCCUCCCCAUGGGCGAACGGCUUCUACGGCAGCAAGGGCGUGAGUGGGAUGUUACCAGCCGCCUAUACACUCCUCUCGCGACGCUUCUUGGAUGCUGUCGCCCGUGCCGGUCUAAGCCAACAGAUUGUGCUUAAAGAGUGGCGGAAGGGCACCGUCAACACGCCUGGUGGCUGGACCUACCACGCCAAGGGGAUUUGGAUCACACUGCCAGGACAGCAGUAUCCCAGCAUCAGUCUUGUGGGCAGCUCGAACUAUACGAAGCGUAGUUACUCGCUUGAUCUGGAGGCCAACACUUUGGUCGUGACGAGCAAUGCCGACCUGCAGAGGAGGCUUGGUGAGGAGGAGAAGUGGUUGCAGGAGUAUGCUACGCCGGUCACCAGGGAUGACUAUGCGAAGACGGAGAGGAGGGUCGGAUUGCAUGUUAGAGUGGCUAUGUGGAUAGUUACGUUGGUAGGCGGUGCUCUAUGA